GUGCUGUAAGGAAAGGAGACAGAUUUGUAAACCCCAGAGCGAGGUUCUGUCUGCCCGAGUCCGCGGCUGUGCAGAGACCUCCAGGUAAAGCCACUGUCACCAUGUCUGAUCAGGAGGCAAAACCUUCAACCGAGGACUUGGGGGAUAAGAAGGAGGGAGAAUACACUGAACUCAAAGUCAAUGGGCAGGAUAGCAAUGAGAUUCACAUCAAAGUGAAAAUGACGACACAUUUCAAGAAACUCACAGAAUCGUACUGUCAAAGACAGGGAGUUCCAAUGAAUUCACUCGGAUUUCUCUUUGGAAGUCAGAGAAUUACUGAUAAUCAUACUCCAAGAGAACUGGGAACGGAGGAAGAAGAGGUGAUUGAAGUUUAUCAGGAACAAACGGAGGGUCAUUCAGCAGUUUAGAUAUUCUUUUUAUUUUCCUUUUCUUUUGCCUCAAUCCUUUUUUAUUUUUAAAAAUAGUUCUUUUGUAAUGUGGUGUUCAAAAUGGAACUGAAUACUGGCACUCACAUCUCUUUAAAACAUCUGGUAAUUUGAAUUCUAGUGCUCAUUAUAAAUCUUUGUUUUCAUUGUGCUGAUUUUUGGUGAUCAAACCUCAGCUCCCUUCACAUUG